AACUCGUCGGUGACUCAUCGAUGCAACUCAACAGCAACGUCUUGAUUUUCAUGAAGAAACCUCCAUAUGUGUGGUUCAAACCCAGUCUCUGCUCCGUAUUCUCCAACUCGACCGAGUCGAACUCGCUCCAAGCGGAGAGAUUGAAGACUCUGGAAUGGAGCUCAAUAUGUAUACAGGUUUAGCCGUUCAAGUGUCAAACCAAACCGAACCAGUUUGAGUAAAUAAAAGAGUUCCGUUCCUUGAACCGAACUAAUUCAAACCGUUUUGGAUGCUGGUGCGGCGGUGCCCUAGAAUACACCUAAAUGCUGCGAAAGAAACACUGAACAAAAUCAAAUGGCAGACACAGCACGGUUACAAGGAGACUCAGUGAGACUUUUCAGUGAAGGGAUUGGGUUGGUCCUGUAUCGGUGGUCGGCACUUCGAACCGCCGUUGAGAACGAAUGGGGCGGCCGCGAGUCACGCCUCAAAGCCGACCAACUCUCCGCCGAUCUACUUUCCUGGUUCACUCAAUCCAAAGAGCCACUUUAUAUCGAUGACUUAGAAAGCAUACUCGAUGAAGGAAUGCUUUCUCUCAACGUAGAGGUUGAAGAUGGCAGCAUUGAAGAGGUAGCUGAAAAUCUAAUGGUUAUGCAUCAAGAAUGCUUACAAGGUAAUUUUAGGUCUAUCGAGAUUCUCAGGGAAGCCAAUCUUAAGCAAGCUGCUCAUCCUCAUGUAACGCAGAUUGUAAAUGAUGAUGAAGACGUUGAAGAUGAAGAUGAAGAUGAUGAUGAUGAUGAGAACAUUAUUGGGGUUGAUAAUUCUUCAAACAUGGAUCUGGACAUUCCUAAAUCUGAAUCAAAGUUGAAUUCGGUGAAGAAGCCAGUUAAUGGGCCUCUGACAAAGGUUUCAGGUGAUGGAUGGGUUGUAGUUUCAAACAGAAGAAACAAAGGUAGACAAAAUUAGAUGAAAAAUCAUUUAAAAUUUUCUGUUAUAAGGAUGUGUGAGAGUCUUCCUCUGUUUUCUUGUGCUUUUUGAGGUAUUGCAAACCUUCUUGAGGUGGGUAACUAUGUAUUCGGAUUUUUUGUUUCCAGUUCUUUUCUCACAUGAAUUUCUCCUCUAUUUGUCAUAUAUGCAUGUAACUGUUGCAGUUACAUUUAUGCUUUCUGUUGUAACCGUAAAAGCUUGGUAGAAUUUAGGUAGAAGUUAUUUUUUUCCCGACAAUAGCUGCUGUUGUAUGAGCUGAUAUACAUCAGCA